AUGUCCGAGCUUCGCGGGCGUCGCAGAGGACGCGGACGUCUAACGAACGCGGGUCGCAUCUUGAGAUCACACCACCACACGGACGCGGCGUUUCGACCCUACGAGCAGGACAGCUUCAACUACGACGAGACUACUCCCAUAGACAGUGGUGAGCACCCCCGGCCCAGUCGCCUCGAGGAACUGCGCGCCAGGAAGCGCGAUCUCGAGCUGCAGAUCCUCAGCGAGGAGAUCGGCCGCGAGCAGCGGAAGCAGCUGCCCAUCAUGGAGCGCGAUUCACGAAGCAGCAGAAGAUACGACGAUGGCGAGGUCACUAGAUAUGGCGCUGGCGAGUCGUACCGACCCUUCAAUGCGACCGCUCGACGGGCUAGAUCCCCUGAGAGGGAGCGAGCGAGAAGUCCCCCUCCGCGAGACCAACGGGAGCGAGACCGACCGAGAAGCCCUCCGCCUAGAGAGAGAGCCCGCAGCCCUGUCGGACACGAAGAUCGCUACGUUCCUGAUCGCACACCGCGGCGCCGCUCACGAAGCCCCGGCUUCAGAAGGGAUCGAUCGAGAGGUCGGGACAUGAGAGGCCCGGCAGCUGAUACAUGGCGGCGACGUGACCAGAGUCGAAGCCCGGGCAGACGGCCCUCCCCGCGACGCUCACCCAUCAGGCGCAACAGCCCGCCUCCUCGCCGGUUUUCGCCCCCGCGACGUGAUAUGAGGGACGACAGGGAUCGCCGUGGUUUUGAAGCGAGGGACCCAAGGUCAUUACCCCCUUCUCGUUCUCGUUCUCAGCAGAGUGAUGCAUUCGAGCCUGUCAGCGGAGGAUGGGGCGACGAUCCCAACGCCGUCCCCGUCAGCAACAAGCGCAGUUUCCAGCUGCCUGAGCGUCCGCAUGACAUGCCGUCAAGUGACUUCCGUAGUCCUUCUCGACGCUUCAACACGCCGAGAGGUGCUCGGCAUAUCUCUGGCCAGCGCCAGAACGAUAUGCGCCACCCCAACCCCGCCUCUUCAGACCACAUGCGAUCUGAUCAUGCGACUGAUUUCCCCCACGGGUACGGUCCUGCUCAUGGUCGUGGUCAAGAGCCGCACUAUGCUCCCGACUUGUCCCCUCCCUCGAACUACAUUAACACCUCUCACAGAGGCAGAUCCAGAUCUAUAGAGAGAGAUCGCCGUGAUGUACGGGAUCGCGACAGGCGAAGCCCUCCACGUCGGAUUAGCCCACCUGGGGGCCGUGGAAAUGCCUUCCGGCGUCGUUCACCUAGCAUGGAUCGGCGCGACGAUCGCUUUGUCGGCUCAUACAGACGAUCUUCACCCCCUCGCGAUUCUGCCAUGUCGUCUGCCCUUCCUAGCAGAGAUCAGUCUCGACGGCCUUCCCCCACUCCCGCUGUGGUCCGUCGUGACGAUCGAUCCAACGUCCAGUCACCUCGUUCACCCCGUCAUCAGUCCAGAUCUCCUCAACGCGCACCUCCCAGGGAGAAGAGUCCGACACGUGCUCCCUUAGACGGGCCUACCACCAGGUCGCCCCCGAGAGGCCCUGCAGCUCUUCGGCCGCCUCCCACCGGACCGCGAGGUGACAGAGAUCGCCGGGACAGCCGAGAUGCCAGAGAUACCCGCAAUUUCUCUGGUCCGCCCGCCUCUACGACUGGCCCGCCUAGUCGACCUGCACCUUCACCCGCGCCUAGUCGACAGGGUGCCACUAGUCCUGGUAUUCCUCCCUCUGGCCCCAGAGGUUAUGGUACCCCCCGAGGCGGCUAUGGCCGUGGCGGACGUGGCAACUCCUGGACCCCGACAAUAUCAAGCAGGAACCUCCCCCCCGCAGCCGGCCCGGCUUCUGCUACUACCGGCAGCAACAAUAUCCCCAGUGGUCCCCGUGGACAUACUCCGACCUCGUCUUCUCUACCUUCGACCCCCGUGUCGCAAUCAAAGCCUUUCAACCCGCCCAAGGGGCCGGCAGCCGAGAAGCGUCAACUGUCCGUAUUUGAACGGGAGGUGGCCACAAUGACACCCAUCAUUCCUGGUGGGAAGAUGAGUCUAGAAGACGAAGCAGCCAUGGAAGGCGUUCUGCCGGAGCAGUUGGUGAGCCACAGGGCCUUAAAGGCCGAAGGCGAGCGGAUCCGGGCGGAGAAGGAGAAGACUGACGAGAGGACUCGGUCCUUGUUGGCUGGUUGGGACAAGAUCAUGCGUGAAGUUGACCUCGCACGACUCAAGACCGAGCUCACCGAAGAGGCCCUAGCCAAAUCAUCCGGCGAAGGCUAUACGGGGUCGGCCUUUUGA